UCCUAAUCUUAAACUAAAGAUAUAUAGAAUGCACCGAAAUAUCUUUCAAUUUUGUGAUUUUAAAUAUGUCAUAUGGAAAAUUAGAAUUAAAGAGUUGUCAAAAGAAGAACGUGCUGAUAGGCCACAGCCUCACACGAUAUAAACUGUAUUCAAUGUAGGUUUGUUGUGGUGAUCAAUAAAGGGAUCAUUAGCCUAACUCUCUUCAACAGUUAGUUCAGAUUUUAUCCUUUGUUAAAUUUGUAAACAUUACUUAAGAACACGUAAAUUAAGAUGUAUGGUAUAUAUAUAUAUAUAUUUAAUUGUUGCAACUUGCACCAGAUCCUACUGUUUUCUGGCAAUGAGGUCUCCACUUUGUGACUUUAGCAGCUAUAAAGGCACAAGUGAUAUGUAAAUUUUCAAAAUUCUGUUUUCUUUUCUCUAGCAUUUUGAAAAAUGGCUUCCACGGUACAAUCAGGGAUUAGCAAAACUGCUGGCAAGCCUAUUCGUUGCAGAGCUGCGGUGGCAAGAAAAGCAGGAGAACCACUGGUGAUAGAGGAAGUGAUUGUGGCUCCUCCUAAAGCACAUGAAGUUCGACUUAAAAUCAUUUGCACUUCUCUCUGUCAUACUGACAUUACCUUAUGGAAGUUGAAAGAAUUUCCUGGCUGCUUUCCAAGAAUCUUAGGCCACGAAGCUUUCGGGGUUGUGGAGAGUGUUGGAGAAGAUGUUGAUGAGUUGAAAGAAGGAGAUUCAGUUGUACCGAUAUUUUUACCUGACUGUAUGGACUGUGUAGACUGUAAAUCCAAGAAAAGCAACCUUUGUUCCAAAUUCCCAAUUCAAUCGUCUUUGUUGCUGCAUAGAGAUGAUACAAGCAGAUUCACUAAUGCUGAUGGAGAAACUUUACACCAUUACCUGUAUAUAUCAAGUUUUUCCGAGUACACAGUCGUUGAUGUUGUUAAUGUAACAAAGAUUGAUCCUGAAAUCCCACCUAACAGGGCAUGCCUUUUGAGUUGUGGAGUAUCAACAGGAGUCGGUGCUGCCUGGAAAACAGCAAAUGUGGAACCAGGUUCGACAGUAGUUAUCUUCGGUUUAGGAUCAGUUGGAUUAGCAGUAAUAAUUGAGAUGACUAAUGGAGGUGCUGAUUAUUGCUUCGAAUGUGUUGGUUUGGGAACACUUGUUCAGGAAGCAUUUGCCUGCUGCAGAAAGGGUUGGGGUAAAACAAUUGUUUUAGGAGUUGAUAAGCCAGAUGCACGGUUGAAUCUUAACUCUUUUGAGGUUCUUCAGAGUAAUAAAACUCUCAUGGGAUCAUUCUUUGGUGGUCUCAAACCCAAAUCUGAUGUUCCUAUCCUCGUUAAACGUUACCUUGACAAGGAAUUGGAGUUGGACAAGUUUGUGACACAUGAAGUGAAUCUUGAAGAUAUCAAUAAGGCGUUUGAUUUGCUCAUUCAAGGAAAGAGCCUACGCUGUGUUAUCUGGAUGGAGAAGUGAUAUAUAGAUUUACUUUCAUUUCAAUAAUUGUACCUCAACUCUCAAUAACCAUGUUACUUUCAUUUCAGUUCCUUUUGUAUCGAGCUCGAGUCAAACUUUAGACAUUUCUAGCUCAAAUAUAUGGAUAUGAUCAUAAGUAUGACAGAUUAUUACAGCAAACUUAUUAUUGCA